AAUGCAGUAAGAUUGCCAAUCGCUGACUGUUAAAUCUUGCCGAAGAAGACAGACAGAAAUGGCAGAUGUUUUAUGUCGAUGCGACUAUUCGUAUGAAUUUGACAGAUACUUGUGCUGAAAACUGUGGAAACCAUCGCAGGGAGGAGGAGAAGAGAGGAGCAAAGGAGAUUGAACAUUACCAUCAUGACGUCACUGGAACACACAGAGACCAUUGACAUUAUUGACAGUGACAGAACUGACAGCGAAGACGUUGUGGAUCUAACAAGUGAAGUUACAGAAACAUCUGUGGUUGACUUGACAAACAAUGAUUCAGUUGUGCUGGUAGAUGAAGGUCCACAUAACCAUAGUGAUACAGAUGAUUCACCAUGUGCCCUAAGGUCCAGAGUUUUGUCCUCUCCUCAUAGGAACACCAGCACCAGGUCUAAACCUGGUGUAGUGAGCUGUCCAAUUUGCUUUGAUACAUAUCCUGAGAUCUUGCACAGCGGCAGAGUAAUGGUGUCCACUCUUUGUGGUCAUACGUUUUGUAGUCAGUGCCUUCGUGACUCCCUUGCCCAUGCACACACCUGUCCAACUUGUAGAAAAAAGCUCACACACAGGCAGUACCACCCCAUCUACAUUUGAUGAUGAGCACAUAAGCAACUUUGAAAAUGUUAGUUGAAUUUUGUUCCAUAGAUAGUGUAUUUACCUUUAGUGCUGAUGCACUAUUCAGAACAUCAUUGGACCUUAACCCUGAAGAAAGGUUGAGUGCAAAUUUGGCACUUUGUUUGGACUAUUUCUUUCAAUGUUGGAAAUCUUUAUGUGUGAACUAUACUUUCUCCCCCCUAAUUGCUACAUGUAACAUUUUGUUACAUUAUGAUGUACAUGCUUUUUUUGUUUAUGUAUGCGCUUUGUCUGCAUUUUACCUUUGUUGAAUAAAUAAAUAAUUUGAAUAAUUUUA